UUCAAGUGUUAGAACACUGACGUAAACUUAUUUUGAAAAAAAAAAUAAACAAAUAAACAAAAUUGACUAAAUUGUUUUAAAAAUAAAAUAAACAAUGUCAAAUAACAAUGAGAGACUAGCUCCAAUAAAACCAUUACAAUUUUAUUCACAACAAGUGCAAAAAAGAGUUGAAGAAAUUGAAAAUUUUUCAUAUACUCAAAAAUGGACAAAAGAAGAAAAAACAAUGCCAAAAAGAUUGAUGGGUCCAACUCAAUUUCGUUCUGAAUUUUUUAAACAAGCUAAUUCAAUUGAUAUUUAUUAUAAAAAUAAUACAAAUGACAAUCCACUCAGUAUAUUUGUUCAACAGGAUGAUUGUGGUUACAGAAAAUUCAUUGUGUCUCAUCCUGAAAUUUAUUGGUGGAGUUUUAUGAAUAAACUUACACCAGCUCAAAGAUGUACAUACGAGCUUAUUAUUGAAGGAGAACCUUGUUGUUUAUAUUUGGAUCUUGAAUAUGAAAAAGAGCUAAAUCCAAAUAGCAAUGGAAUUGAAAUGACAAAAACAAUUAUGGAAAUAAUUUGUGGUUAUUAUUAUAAAUUUUUUGGCAUAAGAUGUACUGAAAAAAAUAUAAUUAAUCUUGAUUCAACAACAGAUAAAAAAUUUAGUAGACAUUUAAUAUUUCGUAUUAAAAAUAUUGCAUUUAAAGAUAACUCACAUGUUGGAAGAUUAUUAAAAAAUAUUGUAUCUGAUAUUGAAUUUUAUCUUGCAACAAAUGGUGCAUCAUUUCAUGAUGUUCUUAGUUACAUUGAACGUAAAGAUUUAGAAAAUUUAUUUAUAAAAACAGAUAAAAAGACAAAAUUAUUUAUUGAUACAACUGUUUACUCAAAAAAUCGUCAUUUUCGUAUUUACAAAGCAACAAAAUGGACUAAAAAUUCAUAUUUAGAACGUUCAAAUGAAUGUACAUACACAUUGAUUGAUCAAAGCAAUAAAGACAAAGAACUUUGCUAUUUUUUAGAAUCACUUAUAUCAUAUCAUCCGGAUAAAAAAAAUUUAUCAAUAAUUGAAUUUAAUCAUGGUUAUUCAGAUAGUUUAACACAGCAAACACAACAAUCAACUCAACGUUCACAGGCAAAUACCCAAACAACAUCAUCAAAAUAUCCAGUGAUUGAUAAAUACAUUGGAUUAAUAAAUGCACCAGGUGUCAUACGUCAAUCAAAAUAUUUUGAUUCAACUAAUUGUAUUGUUUAUGAUAUUGCUGGUAAUAGAUAUUGUUCAAAUAUUGGAAGACAACACAAGAGUAAUGGCAUUUAUUGGGUUGUUGAUUUAAAUAAAAAAUGUGCUUAUCAAAAAUGUCAUGAUGUUGAUGAUUGUUUCAAUUAUCGUUCACCAUCAAUUAAAUUACCAGCAGAAGUUGCAUUUGUUAUUGAAGAUGAUGAUGAUAAUUUAUUUUCAACAAUUGAUGAUGAUGAUGGUGAUGAUACACGUAAUGAUCAAUCAUCAGUAUCAAUUAAUUUUAAUCAAAGUAUUUAAUUAUUAAUUAUUUAUAAUUUCUUUUUUAUCAUGUAAAUAUUAUUUAUUAAAUUGUAAAUUGGUAAUAAUUAUAAAAAAAAACAUUUUGAUAAAUGAAUAAUUGAAUAUUUAUUUAUUUUUCAAAUACAAAUUAAUAUGUUCAAUAUGAUAUUGAUUAUUAUAUACAUUAUAAAAUAUAAAAUAGUUCUCUAUU